GAGCUAGAGAGAGAGAGAGAGAGAAAGAGAGAGAGAGAGGAGAGAGAGAAGGGGGGGAGGGAAGUCAAAUGGAGGAUGAGUUGGCCGUCGCCGACGUCGCGGAGGGGCGCCGCGCGGCAGCCAAAAUGGCGGCGGCGGUGGCGGCAGAGGUGACGAAGGAGGAGAAAGAUGGCGACACCGCCGCCGCUGCCGCCGCCGCCGCCGCGGAGAAGGAUGUGGUUGUAUACAGAGGGUGGAAGACGAUGCCGUACAUUAUUGGAAACGAGACAUUUGAGAAGCUGGGGAGCAUCGGCACGGCGAUGAACCUGAUGGUUUACCUGACGGACGUGUUCCACAUGACGAACGUCGACGCCGCGACCACCCUCAACGUCUUCAGCGGCACCACCAACCUCGCCACCGUCGUCGGCGCCUUCGUCUCCGACUCCUACCUCGGCCGCUACACCACCGUCGGCCUCGGAUGCGUCGCCUCAUUCGUGGGCAUGGUCAUCCUCACCCUCACAGCUGGCGUCCCCACGCUGCACCCCUCUCCCUGUGCCGGCAGCAGCACAACCAUCGCCGCCGCCUGCGCGCACGCGACAAAAUGGCAGCUGGCGGUCCUGGUGGCGGCGUUCACCUUCAUCGUGGUCGGCGCGGGCGGCAUCCGGCCCUGCAACCUGGCCUUCGGCGCCGACCAGUUCGACCCGGCGACCCCCGCGGGGCGCCGCGGGGUGAACAGCUUCUUCAACUGGUACUACUUCACCUUCACCAUCGCCGUCGGCUUCUCCUCGACGGUGAUCAUCUACGUGCAGAGCAACGUCAGCUGGUGGCUCGGCUUCGCGCUGCCGGCGCUCCUCAUGCUGCUCUCCUGCUUCUGCUUCUUCGCCGGCGCCACGCGCUACGUGAAGGUCCCGCCAGAGGGGAGCCCCUUCACCGGCCUGGCGCGGGUCGCCGUCGCCGCGUACCGCAAGCGGCACCUCCGGCUUCCCUCCGAGCCGGAGAAGGAGCUGUUCCGGGCGCCCCAUAAGAGCUCCCUCGUCUCCAAGCUCCCCUACACAGACCAGUUCAAGUUCGUCGACAAAGCCGCGAUAGUAGCAGCCGACAGCGAAAUCGCGCAGAGCGGCAUGCCGACAGAUAAGUGGAGUCUGUGCAGUCUGCAGCAAGUGGAAGAGGCAAAAUGCAUACUGAGAACCAUCCCAGUAUGGGCUACUGGCAUCAUUUACUACAUUGCAUUUGCCCAGACAACCACCUAUGUGGUCCUACAAGCCGUGCAGUCCGACCGCCGUAUCGGCCGCAGCGGAUUCGAGAUCCCCCCCGCCUCCUUCACCAUCUUCCCCAUGCUCGCCCUGACGAUCUGGAUACCGUGCUACGACCGCGUGUUACUCCCGUGGCUUCGAAAGAUCAAAGGGACGGACGAGGGGAUCACGCUGCUCCAACGAAUGGGGAUCGGAAUUGUCUUAUCCGUACUCGCAAUGGUGGUCUCCGGUUUCGUCGAGCAGCAAAGGAGGAGCUACGCGAUUCAUCGACCGACGUUUAGCAGCAGUUCGUCGCGCAGUGGUUUGGUCUCUUCGUUUUCGAGCCUGUGGUUGAUCCCUCAGCUCAUUAUCUUAGGACUUUCGGAGGCUUUCAAUCAUGUCAGCCAGCUUGAGUUCUACUACAAGCAGUUUCCGGAGAACAUGAGAAGCAUUGCAGGGUCGUUGCUGUUCAGCGGAAUCGCGCUGUCGAACUACGUGAGCGGGCUGCUGGUGACGAUCGUCCACCGGACGACCGGAGGGUACGAGAAGGAUAGCUGGCUGCCGGAUGAUCUCAACAAGGGCAGACUGGACCUGUUUUAUUUCCUGAUCGCGAUCAUGGGGGCUCUGAACUUCGUCGGUUUCGUCGCGUGCGCAAAAUGGUACAGAUAUAAGGCUCUGGACGGCGACAGAAAUGGUGGCGAUAAUGGUGGUGAUGAUUCGCAGAGCGCGGUGUAAUAUUCAUUGAGAGGCUCUCCAGCUUGUAUUUCUGUCUUAUGCUUUCAUUUUUUUUUUUUUUUUUUUUUUUUUGGGGUUUGAGAUGAAUU